GGUUGCUUGUUGUUUGUGGUGUAUAUUUUUUGCGUUUUUACUCUGAUCGACCGAAUUGCAAUCAACCGGGUGCGAAGAAAACAUUUCGCGUAACGCCGUUUCUGCAGCGGUCAUUCGGUGGUCUCAUGCCGACCGUGUCAGGAUGUGAAUAUUGAAGCAACAGCCCCCAAAAGUGAUACGUUUUGUGCAUCAACCCAACGAGUGGUUACCAUAUCGCCAGAUGGCUUAUCACUCCGUUUCCUGUCCGGAACGAUGCUACCAGUAGCAAAAGCCCCUGUUUGGACGGUUGCUAUCGCAAGACGGAGUGCCAACUGAGACGGCGGAAUCUCAAGUGAAAAGAAUCUUAUGGCAAUAAGAGCAACAAUACGAAACAUUGAAUCUCGCGUAUAAUCACGAGAAUCUCGAGUGUGGUGGAUGAUUAAGGAUUUCAUUAGAAUUCAUGGAUGCCGGCCACGAAGGUCAUCAUCGAUGAACGCAGCUGAGCUCUCUGCUGGUUAACUUAGCUGUGAGGAAAAAUGCAAAGCCCGACCGCUGCCUGAAGGUGAUAGUUUAAUCAUGUGGUAGAAAGUGAUACACAGGCUUGCUGUAAAUUCUAGGAACGAAGUGGCCGCCCUGCCUGGAUUAUCCUAUUAAAACACUAUUAGUGUACGUUUAUAGUGAACUGAAGUCACUAUAAAUUCGCUCUCGAAACACAAUAAUUACUCAUAUAGAAGCCUAACGACUCUUGUUUUCAAGGGCGUCAAAUGUGUGCAGUAAAAAAAAAACACGAUGAAUAUUCGAUAGAACAGCAAUCAUAAUUAGUGGUUCAAGUGGUCCAUCAGGGAGCAGUUGGUGCGCAAGUGAUAUGGUAGUGGUUUGCGAAAAUUAACCCAAAGUGACCGUUUGUCCACUCGGUUGUUCAGCGGGGUGUACGCAGAUAGUGUGCAGAAUCAGAUAGAUUCUAACGGAAAAAGGAAGUCAUAAUCAUCACAAUGAAGAUCACCGAUCUGGGACCACGAAACGGAAGCCACCCGCGAACGUUUAUCACGUUGCUGUUUGGGACGGUACUGGGGUUCAUGUUUGCCACGUUCAUCUCCUCGACAACGGUGCGAUUGCCGGAGUACUAUCGCCAGCGUGAUUCACCGACAGUUGUGAGUGACCCACACACGGGGAACGAUUUGCGGGAAGCGGCCGGCCCGGAGCAGGAUGUUGGCCAGCAUGGAGCCCACGAGGAGGCGCACGCACAUGAGAACGCGUCACUUGCGCAUCAGCUUUACCGGGACGUGCGUAUUCUCUGCUGGGUGAUGACGAACCCGAGCAAUCACAAGAAGAAAGCGUUACACGUGAAGCGGACGUGGGCCAAUCGGUGCAAUAAGGUGCUGUUCAUGAGCUCCGAAGAAGAUCCGCUUCUCGAUUCGGUAGCCCUUCCGGUGCGGGAAGGUCGAAAUAAUUUGUGGGGCAAGACGAAGGAAGCCUUUAAGUACAUCUAUCAGCAUCAUCUGGACGAUGCGGAUUGGUUUCUAAAGGCCGACGAUGAUACUUACGUGAUCGUAGAGAACCUUCGCUACAUGCUGUACUCGUACUCUCCGAGCCAUCCGAUCUAUUUCGGGUGCCGAUUUAAGCCCUACGUUAAGCAGGGCUACAUGUCCGGUGGCGCCGGGUACGUGCUAAGUAAGGAGGCCGUAAAGCGCUUCGUUGAGGACGCCAUUCCCAGUACGCACUGCCGGCAGGACGCGGACGGAGCGGAAGAUGUUGAGAUGGGCAAGUGUAUGGAAGCGGUGAAGGUGCUGGCGGGUGAUUCACGGGAUGCCGUCGGGCGGGGUAGAUUUUUCCCGUUCGUUCCCGAGCACCACCUCAUACCGAACCAUGUCGAUAAGGAUUUUUGGUAUCUACAGUACGCGUAUUACAAACCGGAUGAGGGCCUUGAUUGCUGUUCAGAUAAUGCCAUCUCGUUUCACUAUGUGUCGCCGAAUCAGAUGUACGUGUUGGACUAUCUGAUCUACCAUCUGCGACCGUACGGUAUCGUUGCGCAUUCGCAGCCACUUCCAAAGAAGCUCAGCUUGGGCGACAUCGUGCGGGUCGACGAUGCGGGUAAGACGACUACCACCAAAAAACCACCUGCAUCCGUGCAGCACCACCAUUCAGGAGCCAGAGGGCGCGGGCAGGACGUCGACGAAAGGCGGUUGGAAGUGACGUUUGCCGAUACCAAAGCUAAUGAACCAAAAACAUAAUUGAUAGUAGCAAGUAGUAGGGCAAGGUACCAAAACGAAUCACACAACUAAAGUAGAGUGAACAUGUGGCCCUACCGUAUGCCCGUUGCUGAGUGAAUGAGCGUGCGCAAACGGCUGUGAGUUUGUAUGUAUGUGGCCAGUUCACUCGAAAAGAAUGUCAUCUAGGAUUAACCAUAACGAUCCUUUUUAGUUUAAGAAGUAUAAGUUCGAAAGGUUCCUGCUGUGUAUGCUUUCCUCUGUCGACUGAUAAUUCCCUAUUUCCUGUAAUUGCUGUUCGUCUGUCAAAGGUCCACGCGCCCAAUACCAGGGCAUGAAUUUCACUGCAUUUUGAUUUGCUUUGAGUCUGUUUUGUCUAGAAAAAAAGCCUUUCCAAUCCUAUAUUUAGAUGUAAACUUUGAGUGACGUAAAAUUGUAAAAAUAACACCUCAAGUUUAAAAAAAUCGUAGAACGGUUUUUAGUGACGCCAAAUGAAUGAAGUUGAAGCAAAUGCCAUGGAUUGAACGUUUGUGAAUGUACCAAAAAGCGAAAUAAUAGAUUUAAUUCAGUUUUGAUUCGA